AACGAAAUCCCAUAUUAUUCAACAUUAUUUUAAUUAUGUUUAAGUAAUUAUUUAUACAUAUGAAACAACCCAUUCAAUCUGUCAGACUUGGUGGAAUUCGGUCAUUCCUAUGGAGACAACUAAAAUGUAUUUAAUGUAACAUAAUUUCCAGCCUUCCUUUGUUAGCGACGUGAUGUUUCUAAAGGGUGAUGUCACCGGCCAGCGGACAUCUCUCCACACUGUCUCUUUAAUUUCAGCGCAGUCCAGGGGGCAGGAUCGCGUCUUUCCGCCCCUUCUCCUCUCAGUGUUUGCGCCUACCGCAGCUGCAGCAGAUUGAAUGAGGAGCGUCGGCGGGCUGCUGGCCACACUGCGCUGCUUUAGCCCAGGAUGCCAGGGAUGUACAGCCAGGAUGCACCAGUAUUUCUCAGCUCCUCGUAAGGCGGAUUACUUGAGCCUCGCCUUCUCCCCUCGCGGCAGCUCCCGGGGCCUUGAGGAACACCUCCUCUCCGCCUUGAUGGUAUCUGGAGAGCGGCGCACCGCUCCGGCGACUGGCAGCGCAGCUCUGCGGGCUUCUGAUUAGGACCUUGAGGUGGGGUAAAGGCGGGGAAGGAGGGAGGCGGUCAAGAUGGCAGCUGUGCACGGGGUGAUGGAGCUGUGAUGUGGGAGGCUCGUUUGCUUUUGCCCACUCGGGACUGGAGAGCGGGACGCGCGUAAGGGAACGCCGUUUGGAUUGCCGUGAGGUUCCGCUGCCCCUAUCGCUUCUUUUUAGCCCACGCUGGUCGGGGUGUGGGCUGUACGCCACGAAAAGAAAAGGCGAUGUUCUGUUAACGCUGGUCAGCGCAGUUGGCGCUUUGAGCUGCGGAUCGACGCUGGUAGACAAGCGGGACACGUGUCGGGACUGAGCUGCGGGGGUUGGGGGGGGGGGGGGGACAGAUUUGCAUACCGCGUUGCAUAGUAAAUAAACUCCCCAAAGAAGCCUGCACUCAACAUUGAUGGAAUGCGAGCCGAGUGAUUUUGCGAUCUCCUGUGCAUCGACCGAGAAAUUGCAAUUAACAUGGCCGAGGCGCCGCUCAGCUGCGACGAGCCUCCCCCGAACGUUGAGAUCGACCCGGACUUCGAGCCCCAAAAGCGGCCGCGGUCCUGCACUUGGCCGCUGCCCCGGCCGGAGUCCGGCGCGGGCAAGCCCGGGGCGAAUGACGCUGACGUAAUCCCCGAAGAGGAGGAUGAUGAGGGUGGGAGCGCAGAGAACGGCUCCGUGCAGAAAAACGGCGACUCUGUGAAAGAGCCGAGCGGCGGCUCCAUCUCCCAGCCCGUGGAGCUCCAGGGCGGCCCCCGCAAAGAGGAGGCCGCCGACGGAUCCCCUUCCUCCGCACAGAUCCCCGGGGCGGCUCUCUGCGGCUCUGCCUCCCAGCAGCUGAGGAAGUCCUCCGCCCGCAGGAACGCCUGGGGCAACUACUCCUAUGCAGACCUCAUUACCCAGGCCAUCGAGAGCUCGCCGGAGAAGAGGCUGACCUUGUCCCAGAUCUACGACUGGAUGGUGAGGUCUGUGCCAUAUUUCAAGGACAGAGGCGACAGCAACAGCUCCGCUGGCUGGAAGAAUUCCAUUCGACACAAUCUCUCCCUCCACAGCCGGUUUGUGAAAGUCCAGAAUGAAGGGACAGGGAAGAGCUCUUGGUGGAUAGUCAAUCCGGAAGGCGGUAAAGGAGGCAAAGCUCCCCGUCGCCGGGCCGUGUCAAUGGAUAACAGCAAGUACAUCAAGGGAGCCCGAGGACGGGCCACCAAGAAGAAAGCCUCUCUGCAAGCUGCGCAGGACGGCAGCUCUGAGAGCUCCUCCAGCCUCUCCAAAUGGACGGGGAGUCCAACGUCCCGCAGCAGCGACGAGCUGGACGCCUGGACAGACUUCCGCUCCCGGACCAACUCCAAUGCCAGCACGCUCAGCGGCCGCUUGUCCCCGAUCCUGGCUAACCUGGAGCUGGACGAGGUCCCCGACGAUGACUCUCCUCUGUCCCCCAUGCUGUACUCCAGCCCCAGCAGCAUGUCCCCGUCCACAGGACCCACAGGACUCCCUGACCUGGCUGGUACGAUGAACCUGAACGACGGGCUGUCGGACAACUUGAUGGACAACCUUUUAGACAACAUCAGCCUCACUGCAACCCAGCAGCCUCCUCCUGGAGAGGAAGACCCCGGAGCCAUCAGCCAGGGAGGCUCCGUGUUUACCUUCAGCUGCGCCAGCAGUCCCUCCGGAGGCUACGGGCCAAACCCUCUCUUCAGCCCCACGUCCAUCACAAGCCUGCGGCAGUCACCUAUGCAGACCAUCCAGGAGAACAAGCAGACUACCUUCACUUCCAUCUCGCACUUUAGUGAUCACCAGGACCUACUGAGCCUGGACUCCCCCAGCCACAACAACGUCCUGCUCACCCAGUCUGACCCCCUGAUGUCGCAGGCCAGCACCGCCAUCGCCCUGCAGAACUCUCGCCGAAACGCUAUGCUGCUCCGCAAGGACCCCAUGAUGGCUAAUCUCAGCGGAGUGGGCCAAAGCGCUUCAGUGCCUGGUUGGCAAGCUGGCUUGCCGACCCCCGACAACGACGGAGGCGGUCACGCCAAUGGCAAACCGCCGCACCUGAAGUCUCCCGGCAAGAACGCCACGAUGCAGGACCGCUUCCCUGGUGAUCUGGACCUGGACGUGUUCAACGACAGUCUGGAGUACGACAUGGACUCAAUCAUCCGCAACGAACUGAUGGAAGCGGACUGCCUGGAUCUGAGCUUCGACGUCCGCCUCGACUCCACCUCCACCCAGAACGGCAACAGAAACUCGGGAAGCUUCUCCGACGCAAAACAGACCUCCCCUCAGAGCUGGGUGCCGAGCUGAGGAGCAGCACCUCAACGUGUAAAUUUGGGUUCAUUGUCCUGCAUUGAGCACCUAGAGGGGAAAAAGUGUAUUUAUGUAGUAUUUUCUUCCAAUGUUUUUAAUGUGAGGCAUUUAGUGCGGUACUGUAUUUCAAGUGUCUGAGACACACACAGCGGUAUGACGGCGUACUAUGGCCAUUGUGGAUAGGGGUAAAAAAGAAUUUAAUUUCUGCUAAACAGAUUAAUUUCCAAAUUUUAGAAAAAAAACCUUAGAAAUUUCUGUGUUUGAAAGUCAAAAAUUUGCUAAAAGAAAUCUCAAAUUUUGAGGUUAAUAUCUGAUACCUUCUAGAAAAAAAUGUGAAAUUUCAGAGCUUCAAAAGUUGAAAGAUUUCCAAGUUUUUUCCUAGAAAAUUCCUGAGAUUUAUCUAAAAUUUCAGAGUUUCUUUUCUUGGAAAUCUUCAACUUUUUGAUCUCAGGAAUUUGCUUUUUUUUUUUUGGCAGAAAUUUACUCCUCCUUUUCCCGUCUGCUCAAUGGCUUUUAUACACCAUUGUACAGCAACGUCUUUGAGGCAAAGAAAAAAAAAAAAAAGAUUAUUGCCAGGAUGCCGGGAGGAACGGCAUUGAUGUAAAUCUUUCCGGAAAGCAUCAACUCAUGUUAGUCUCAGGGAAUCACUCGUAUCACCAAGUGAUAGGUGUAACCGAAGAUGAAUUGUGUUUUCCACCUGCUUUCUCUGCUCUUUCACCACCUUUCCUAGACCAACAUUUUUUGCCAAACCAGCCGUCCGCCUCUUGCCAACGGCCUGUUUACAGGAAAAAAACAAACGAAGCUGCAGAGAAUGCCCCAUUAUUCCGUUCAAGUGGAGGAUACUUGAUAAGCUUUGUUUUCGGCACAUUUCCCCAAUGAUGCACCGAGUCGAGCACUAAAUAUCAGUCUGUGAAGGGAUAAGGUCUUAUCAAGAUGUGAACAGGUCUGCGUUGUGUGGUUUUUGUACCUUUUUUUUUUUUCCCUAAAACCAAAUUCUCCCGUGAUUUUAGUGACAGUACUGUGAAUUAUUUUCCUCUGGAAGAGGUUCAUCACUGCAGCAGAUCCCUGUCCAACGUUUUCCAUCCUUGGAAGUGAUCCUCCCGUGUUUAGGACAGAAACUGAGGAAGGGGAUUUUCCAACCAUCUGCGUUAGCAAACCCAACCAUUAGAAUCAGUCCUUGGUCGCAACAUGCCAGUCUUAAUGUUGGAAGGAGUUCUUGGUGCUAUUUUAAUGAAGAUAGCAGGGAGUGGCUGCAGAUGGAGCAGCCGCUCGUUUUGUUAUCAGCACUUCAGCAGGUGCUCUGGAAAAUGGGUUCUACCCUGCAAGACGAGGGCGUGUAUAGUUCUAGAGCCAUCUUCUUUGCCAAUAAGAGAGGGAACCACAGUAUUUAUCAUAUUGCCAAAAUCCUUUCUGCAUAUAAGUGGAUGGAUGAGGAACUACAGUGAAUAAAAAGUAAAAGUCGGUGUUCUUAAAUAAUUUUCAGCUUACUUUUUUGUAGGAACCAGAGGCUAAAACUUCUUAAAUGUUUUUUUUUUUUGAGCUAAAUUAUUUGAAUGAAAGAAAAUAUUUACGGUGUUUUCCAAAAGCAUUGAUAUCUCUUGAAUGUAUUUGUCAUAGUUUGUCCUGUUGUAACCACAAUCUAAGCAUUACAUUCAAUGUUAAAGAAGAUGGUUUGGUCUGAUUAAAAACCAAAAAGUUGAA